AUGGCUGGUUCGCAUCAAGAUCGCCACCACCAUCGAUCGACUCGCAAUCGCCAGCAGCUUCCUCCUCUGCCCAAUUCUUCUCGACCGGUGGUUGCUCGAUCGAAGGUCUCGAAGCGUGUGCUUCUCCGUGUAGCUUCCGUCGCCUGCGGGAUCCAAUUCGGCUGGGCGCUUCAGCUUUCGCUGCUCACGCCUUACGUCCAGGAGCUUGGGAUUCCGCACGCCUGGGCCAGCGUGAUCUGGCUCUGCGGUCCUCUCUCUGGACUAUUCGUUCAGCCGCUCGUUGGGCACAGCAGCGACAGGUGCACCAGCAAGUACGGUCGCCGGAGACCGUUUAUCGUCGCGGGAGCUGUGGCGAUCGCUAUCUCCGUUCUGAUCAUCGGCCACGCGGCGGACAUCGGGUGGGCAUUUGGGGAUAGAGAAGGGAAGAUAAAGCCGAGGGCGAUUGUGGCUUUCGUUUUAGGGUUCUGGAUCCUUGAUGUCGCUAAUAACAUGACUCAGGGUCCUUGCAGAGCUCUCCUCGCCGAUCUUACUGAGAAUGAUAAUCGCAGAACCCGAGUAGCAAAUGGCUACUUCUCUCUAUUUAUGGCUAUUGGCAACAUUCUUGGCUAUGCUACUGGAUCAUACAAUGGCUGGUACAAGGUCUUCCCUUUUACGAAGACCGUUGCAUGCAACGUGGAAUGUGCCAAUCUGAAGUCUGCAUUCUACAUAGACGUAGUCUUUAUUGCAAUAACUACGAUCCUAAGUAUCUCAGCGGCUCAUGAGGUGCCUUUUGCUUCACCGGCUUCUGAAUCACGUGGGCAAUCCAGUGGGACAGAUGAAGCUUUUCUUACCGAAAUACUUGGGACUUUCAGAUAUUUUCCAGGAAGCGUUUGGAUAAUCUUGCUUGUUACAGCAUUGACAUGGAUUGGUUGGUUUCCAUUUAUUCUGUUUGAUACUGAUUGGAUGGGUCGAGAGAUCUUCGGUGGUGAACCGAACAUAGGCACUUCUUACAGUGCCGGGGUCAGUAUGGGUGCACUUGGUUUGAUGUUGAAUUCUGUUUUUCUUGGAAUCACUUCGGUGCUCAUGGAGAAACUUUGCAGAAAGUGGGGGGCUGGUUUUGUUUGGGGAGUAUCAAACAUCUUGAUGGCUAUUUGCUUUCUUGCAAUGAUCGCCACCUCAUUCGUUGCGUAUCACCUUGACUACAUUGGCCAUGGACAACCACCUGCUGGCAUCGUAAUUGCUGCUGUGUUAAUCUUUACAAUUCUGGGCAUUCCAUUGGCAAUAACUUACAGCAUCCCAUAUGCAUUGAUUUCCAUACGUAUUGAGUCGUUGGGCCUAGGCCAAGGCUUAUCUUUGGGUGUGCUCAAUCUAGCUAUAGUCAUCCCACAGGUAAUUGUGUCUGUUGGGAGUGGGCCAUGGGACCAACUAUUUGGAGGAGGGAAUUCACCGGCACUUGCAGUUGGAGCAGCUGCAGGUUUCAUUGGCGGAAUUGUAGCCAUCUUGGCUAUUCCGCGGACAAGGAUUCAGAAGCCCAUCCCUCUCCCAUAA